AUGCAGAAAUUCCAACAUCCAAGCCAUCAUCCACAUCAUUCCCAACAACACCCACACCACCAACAUCCUCACUCCCAAGCUACUCACACUGCUAUCGGCCAUCAACCUAACUUCUCAUCCGGAGCCCUGUCAAGCACAGCCCCCCACUUUACUCCCACCCACAUCCCCAACGGCACUACAACCAACGUGGAUGAAGAAGUCGAAGAGCCUAUGAAUGAGCACUGGCAGCAGCAGCUACAACUUGCUGCAGAGUCGAGACAAGCAAACUCCCCGCACUAUUACGCACGGGCCGUUGCUCAACAGACGAAGGGCAUCCAGCUCACAACGAGCCCAGCCGAGACCAAUGAAAAUGGUUCCGAAGAACGCAGCCGUGCCAAAACGACCAAAGACCCUUCUAAAAGACAGGAUUGGAUGGCUCUAGAUUUUGGUGGACAAGGUCUUCGAGCAAUCUCUAACCCUCUUUUCGACUACGUUUUUCUGGAAAAGCUUUAUCUCAAUCACAAUAAAUUGAAGGCCCUCCCCCCAAAUAUCGGCAAGCUGAAAGGCCUCACUCAUUUGGACGUAUCCGGCAAUGAGCUAACUGAACUUCCUGAAGAAAUUGGUAUGCUCAUUAAUCUCAAAAAGCUUCUGCUAUUCGACAAUAACAUCCAUUCACUUCCCUACGAAAUGGGUUACCUAUAUCAACUUGAUACUCUAGGUAUAGAAGGAAACCCCUUGAAUGAAGUGUUCAAAUCACGGAUUAUGCAGGAAGGCACCAAGGCACUCAUUACGUACCUUAAAGAGGAGAUGCCGGUUCAUUUGCCUCCUUCGGAACGGGAUUGGGUUGUCCUGGAUGAUUCGGACAGAAACCCCACUAAAGGCCAAAGGGAGAAGUUUACUGCCCUCUCCUAUAAUACCCUCUGUGAUAGAUCAGCAACCCAUCAACAACAUGGUUAUGCGCCCUCCCGAGCGCUUGCUUGGGAAUAUCGCAGGGACCUCAUUUUAAAUGAAAUAAAAGGGUACAAUGCCGAUAUUGUGUGUUUGCAGGAAAUUGACCAAGGCAGCUACCAUGGCUUCUUCAGAGAACAGCUUGCAUACAACGAUUACAAGGGGGUUUACUGGCCAAAGGGAAGAGCUCAAGGUAUGCCCGAAGAGGAGGCCAAGGUGGUCGACGGUUGUGCGACAUUCUUCAAAGGCAGUAAAUACAUUCUUCUCGAGAAGAAUAUGAUUCAUUUCGGUCAAACUGCAGUCCGCAGACCCGAUGCCAAAGGCCAGGACGACAUCUACAACCGAUUAUGGCAGAAGGACAAUAUUGCCGUAGUCACGUAUCUGGAGAAUCGAUUGUCCGGAGAGCGGUUGAUAGUGGUGAAUGUUCACCUGUACUGGGACCCAGCGUAUAAAGAUGUGAAGCUUAUCCAGGCUGCAAUUUUGAUGGAAGAGGUAACGCAGCUUGCCGAAAAGUAUUCCAAGAUUCCCGCUUGUACAGAUAAAACUGCAUUCCGAUUCUCCGAGCCGGAACAUUCGACAGAUGGUGGGGGCACUGCGACGCCUGUGGAACCAGCACCUUCAGUUGAAUAUAGUAGUGGCUCUCAGAUCCCCCUUAUUAUAUGCGGUGACUUCAACUCCUACCCUGGAUCUGCCGUGCAUGAAUUGAUGAGCCGUGGUCGUUUGAUCGAAGACCAUCCGGAUCUUGAGAAGCGUCUCUAUGGGAACCUCAGUCGCGUCGGCAUGUCAUACCCUUUCAACCUGAAAUCCGCAUAUGGCGCUAUUGGAGAACUCGACUUUACCAACUAUACUCCCGACUUUGCUGAUGUGAUCGACUACAUUUGGUAUACUUCCAAUGCUCUGCAGGUAACUGGCUUGCUUGGCGCAGUGGACAAGGAGUAUCUGCAGCGAGUUCCCGGCUUCCCAAAUUACCAUUUUCCUAGUGAUCACCUUGCCCUAAUGGCAGAGUUUUCUUUCAAAAGCAAGAAAGGGAAAGUUGUCGAAGUAGAUUUCGGGCCGCAACGGGACAGGGAUAGGGAUAGAGAUCGGGAUAGGGCGACUUAAGGAGUCCAAGGUUUUAUUUUCGCAUUUUAUGAGUCUCGAGGGCUUCUGCAGAGUAGUUCUUUUGUUUCACCUAUUAUCUCGGACGGAAAUAUUCGCGUGUCUUUUUUUAGAGUCUUGUGGUUUUUCUCUUGGUUCGUUUUCAAUGUCCCCUUCCUUUCCCUCUUCGAUUAUCGUGGUAUCCUUUAUUUUGCGGGUUCUGUUCAAUUAUUUUCGUGUAUCCAGUUCUCUCCUCGGGGUCUGUUUUCUUGGAAACUCUCGAUGGCGUGGCGACAAUUGUCUUUUUCCACCUCCAUGUCUAUGCAUCGCCUUUUCCCCUCCUAUAUGGUCGUGUGGUUAAAGCAGUCGGGUUGAGUUGGUGUUUUGGGUGUGAAAGUCUGGGAGGGCGGUUGACCUGGAAGAGUUGUGUCUGGCUUGCUAUAGUUUUGGCCUACUUUUUUCUCCUUAUCAACGUAGGUUCUUAUUUAUUCGUUUUUUGUUCUUCCCUUCUCCUUUGUUCCUUCUCUCGCCUCUCUUGCUCUCUUCCCUUCUCUAUAUAUGACGAAGCCCUCGCUUCGGAUACUGUAUUUUUGUUCUCCCUGUUUUCCACCUUCCCUCUUCCUCCCUCCCUCCCCCUCUCCUCCCCCAUUUUUCUAUUUUCGUUGUGUACUUUUGUUUAAGAGGCGCUAGUUAUUCUCAUCGUAAAC